GGGUUACAAUUAUUCCGAAAAUUCCCUUGGUCUAAAGAUUCUGCUGAUGGUGCUGACUUUCUAAUUGUUUUUUCUUUUCUACUUUGCUAUGUAUUCCAAUCGCUUAAGAAGCCGAUAUCUUUCUUUUUCUGGUCUAGGCUCGGAAGAAAGAAAAUGGCCAAAAAGGCCGUGGAGUACUCUGUGGUGGACGCUUUCACUGAGUCAGCCUUCAAGGGAAACCCAGCCGCGGUUUGUAUGUUAGAGGAAGAGAAAGACGAAGAGUGGUUGCAAUCUGUGGCUACCGAGUUCAAUAUCUCCGAGACUUGUUAUUUGACUCCCAUCACUCACUCCGACUCAGACUCUCCUCAUCCAAGGUUCCGCCUUAGAUGGUUCACUCCCGUUGCCGAGGUUAAGCUUUGUGGCCAUGCAACAUUAGCAGCUGCACACACACUCUUCUCGUCUGGAUUAAUAGAUUCAAAUAUCGUUGAAUUUCUUACGCUUUCCGGAAUUCUAACUGCCAAGAGGGUUCCUGAGACCAAGGCUUCAAGUGGAUCUGGCAUUCAGAAUGGCGAAACAAAAGAAUCCUUUUUCAUCGAAUUGGACUUCCCCGCUGUCCCACUAACCACCGAUUUCAAUGCUGAAGUUCCUCUGAUUUCUGAGGCCUUGAAUGGUGCUUCUGUGGUUGAUAUACAAAACACCACUUCAGAUAAUCUCUUUGUAGUGCUUCCAUCAGCAAAAGCUGUUGAAGAUCUGCAGCCGGAUUUUGGUGCAAUAGAAAAGUGUCCAGGAAUGGGGAUAAUUGUAACUGGGGCUGCUCCUCCAGAGUCUGGAUUUGAUUUUUGGAGUAGAUACUUCUGCCCAAAGUUCGGAGUCAAUGAGGAUCCUGUUUGUGGAAGUGCACAUUGUUCCUUGGCUCCCUACUGGUGCAAAGAACUGGGGAAGUGUGAUUUUGUUGCUUAUCAGGCAUCUCGAAGAGGAGGAGUGUUAAAAAUUCAUAUGGAUGAGCAGAACCAGAGAGUGCUGUUGCAGGGCAAAGCCUUCACUGUGAUGGAAGGGACUAUUUUAGUUUAAGAAAUGAGUUACUGCAUUUUGCAUACACUAAGAAUAUUGAAAAAUAAUGAGCACCCCUUGUAUGGUGGAUGUAUUCCCUUUAUAAUUGGAAUUGUAACUUUACAUAUUAUUUGAAGAUGGUUAAUUUGAUGAAUUUUGCCAAACAUUUCUUUAAGAAAUUUUCCAUGGUGAGGCACAGGCCAGUUGUGCUUCGUCAAUACUAAUUGAUUGUUGACUAAUGGAACGUUUGAAAUACAUUCUGUUUUCCCAAACUUGUAUAA